CCGGGGGCACACGAUGACUCGUUGUCUUGAACAGCUUCUACUUGUGCAAAUCAAUGGCCUGCGAUGAUAGGUGGCGCUCUGUGCUUGUCCGACGGCGGAAUAAGUCACUAGGCCACUUUCGGACAAAACCCUGCUGGAUGGACAAGGUUGCGGUGCGUCGAUGACAGGUGGCUCGCUAGUCCCUCCGCCUACGCUUCGAAGAUGUGCAUCUGCGGUGUCCAGCUUCUUCUCGAAGACCCAAUUUGCUGGCUGUGGAGGGGGUGGGGUGGACGCGUCAGGGAUGAUUAGGUAAAGUGGGUGCAUCGUGUUGUUGCCGAAUCGGAUAUCGGUCCACAGCCUGCGGGGUACCUGGCCGCCCGCUUUUCUGCGACUACGCUUCUUGCACCCCUCCCUCCUGCAAAGCGGUGAGUUUACAGGCUGCCCUGCUCAUGGACCUGCAGCAGCUGUCUGCCGCAUUGAAGCAGCCGCAAGUGACGCUCAUUACUGUGGAUACAAGUGAUGGGAUCGAACACUCUCCGCUGAGUGUGUUUCGACGAUUCGCUACCGCCUCCACCAUGAAGACCAUUAAGAACAUACUCGCCAUCCCUCCCAAGUCGCCCCCCAAGAGCUCGUUCAUCGGCUCUUCCAAUGCCGCUCUUUGUAAAGAGUGCAGCAAGAAGUUUCGGCCGACGAUUACUGACCAGGUGCAUUGCUCUGUCAAUUGCGAAAGAUUGAGCUCCUGGAUGGAGCUCAACGAGCAACACCGGGGGAUGAUGCAGCACCGUCGCCGUCCACGCACGACUCCGGUUCGAGACUUGGACGCCGUGAUCCAUGAAGUGACCCAAAGCUCUCCGACUCGCUCAACACACAGUUCGUCCGAGAAGCUCUGCUUGGCCGGUCCGUCCACGCUUCCUCGCCUGGAGAGCAAGCCCAUCCUUCGAACAUCGUCCAGUAAAGCCGAGACAGGAAGACCUAGACGCGUAUUGCGAAAACGUCACCCGUCCUCCUUCGAUGGCUCUCGUGCACCUCCAUGCCUCGUUCCCUCGGUAAUAUCCUCAUCAACUAGCAGCAGUCCUCUCCGCACUUCGUUUGCAGUUUCUGCAUCCUCGUCCGAAAGCGACAUGCUGUACAUGGCUCCUUUGUCCUAUGCGGACCCGGACGACACCCUCGCUUCUGCCCGUCUCGCACUCCACAAUCUCUCCUCCCCCACAUUGUCGCAGCCUGUUCGUCCCCGUUUCUCCUCGACCAUGACGGCAAGCCGAACUCCGAGUUACGGCGUCACGCCAUUCUUGGCAAGGAAGCCGAGUCAUCCCAUCUCGUCGACUUCCCGCCCCAUCCCCACAAGAUCGAUAACGCACGCCGCCGGGCAGGCACCACCGACCUCACCACCCGACAGUCCUGCGAGGCUCCGCCCGGGCAACGAUCGCCGCGCGCCUCGGCCCAGGUCGAACUCGUUCGGCGGCUUCGAUUCCCUGGUGAUGCAUGGACCCUGAUGCGCGCUGCAUACUCCUUUCCUGCCCCAUAUAUGCGCAGCGAAGGUCCGCACACUCGAGAUGCUUGGCCAUGCCAUUCAUCGUCCAUGCCUGCAUACUUCCCGGACACUGCAUUCAUGAACUCAUGAACUGUUACGCAUACAUCCAUACUGUACAGUAACCCGCUAUAGACGUGCUUUGCUGGAUGUCAUGUCGCGAAGCUACGCUAUGUCAUGUAUAGAUAGAUGACACUGGUGUAGACGCUUAUGGACACAAGGUUUUGGGUUGGAUACUCCUCGGACAUAAC